AUGAUGAUAGGUGUCGUCUCCAUGGUUCUUACCACAUUACUUCUAGUGAACACAACACUUGUGCACCCUUUUGUCGAAAAAUCUAUUGGCUGCCGACCAAGAUCAAGGACAACAGCAAGAAGCUUGUUCUGUUCGUCUCCGAUCGAUUCAUCAUUCCAACCGUUGGAAUUGAACUUGCUCGCCUUUUCGACCUCCGAGGCGUUAUUUCCUGGACAGACCACUUGUGUUACUCUGAAAGAAGGAAGGUUUUUCGACCUUAUUGAUGAUGCCACAAGCAACCAUGACGGUCUUAUCGGUAUGAUGCUAAUGGACGAUGACGGAAUUGUAAUGGAAGGGAUGCCGCUGUGCAAGAUAACAGAUGUCGAUGUAAGGUCAGGGUUUCGUGGGAAAGUUACAAUAUCAGUUGAGUUCCAGGUUGUUGGGAGAGCAAGAUUGGAAGAAAUGAAGCAGAUGCAACCAACAAUCUUGGCAACGUGUGUUGCACUUCGGGAUGUGAUUCAAAUGAGCGCGGAGGAAUUGAACGAAUCUCGAAGCCUUGUUGACCGUUUAGCUGAAAACCUGAAGAGGCAGUCGUCUUCGACAGCUUAUCAGAGUGCCUACGGCGAUGCCUUUGUCAUGCUUGAAGAAGAGUAUCAGGAUUCCGAAGUGCGUGACCUGGCAGCAAAAAGCUGGGCAUAUAUGGCAUGCCUUUCCCCAGAAGGAAUCGGACGAUAUGGUUCCAAGGCCAUUGCAUCUGACAGCAUUCACCAGCGCCUCGAUAUCGUGGCUAAAGCACUUCUGGAGGAACAAAUAAAGAACGCAGAAAACCUAAUGUCGAUCAAUCAGGACAACCAAGAACUAAAUGGUUUUGAAUGA